CAAACCAAAGGAUCUUGUUCUAUCAGCGAACGCCAGCACCACUCCCAUUCGUCCAAAAUGAAGGCCGGCCUUGCUCUGCUUCUUCUCGUCGCCAUGGUUGCUGCCACCUUCGCCGGAUACAUUGGCUACGGCGGAUACGGAGGCUACGGAGGCUAUGGCGGCUACGGUGGCUACGGCGGCUACGGAGGCUAUGGCAUCGGCUACGGCAUCGGCCACUACGGCGGAUACGGUGGCUACGGCGGUUAUGGAGGCUACGGUGGUUACGGCGGCUACGGAAAGUACGGAGGCUACGGUGGCUACGGCUACCACGGCUAAACGCGACGUUCACUCGCUCAACGCAGCCAAAGCAUUCUGUACAAAGUCCACUGAAUAAAUUAUGUGAGUCAGCAAAA